AAUAUUGUUUGUUUACAUUUUUGAUGCGUGGCAACUUGUAAUCUUAUUUUUGUGAUUAUUUGUUUUGGAAUUUACUUUUGGUUUUUUCUAAUUGUUUUAUAUGUGUAUAUUAUUGACCAUUAACUAGUGAUAUUGUUGGUAUCUAUCAUGGCUUCAGAUUGGGAGGAAGUAAAAAGAUUGGCUGCCGAUUUUCAGCUGAGUCAAACAGUAGCAACUCUUCAGCGUCUCUCAGAACGCAAUUGUAUUGAAAUUGUCAAGAAAUUGGUUAAUUUAAAUUUACUAGAUGUGAUUUAUACAGCUGACGGUAAAGAAUAUAUCACUCCUGACCAUCUGAUGCGUGAAAUUCAAGAUGAAUUGAUAGUAUCGAAUGGAAGGAUUACCUUUGUGGAUCUUGCUAAUAAUUUAAAUGUUGACUACAGUCAUAUUGAUGUUAAAGCUAAAGAAGUUGCCCGAUCUUCUUCUGGUUACAUUUCAUUUGUCAAUGAAGAGCUUAUUAGUCGUGAUUACAAAGAACAAUUGGCAGUAGAAAUAAAUGAAAAGUUGCAGAAAAAAGGUGUUCUAGAUGUUUCUGAAUUGGCUAAAAAUUAUUCAUUACCAACUGAUUUCAUCCAUCAAAUUAUUGUGUCUCAUCUUGGUUCUACAAUUGAUGGUGUUCAAGAUGUUAAUAAUCAGUCAACAUUUUUUACGCGCAAUUACAUUGAUCAAUAUAAAGCAAAAAUUACGGGUGUUUUGUCAGCUAUUACUCGUCCAUUGGUGGUGUCUCAGAUUGUUAGCAGAUAUCGAUUUCCUGAAAGAAUAUUUAAUUCGGUAUUGGACGAUUUAUUGAAAACAGGACGAAUAAAUGGCCAAUUAACUACUGGUCUCAAUCGAACUUUUAUUCCAAGUAUUUACUCAUCAACGCAAAAAGAAUGGAUUGAAAGUUUUUACAAGCACAAUGGAUGUCUUGAAUAUGACGCUUUAGCUAGAAUCGGUAUCUCCGAGCCAAAAGCUCUCAAGAAAAGACAAGGAUUUGAAGAUUUAAUUUUUUUAUCCACAUGUUGUGUCGGUACAAGUAUCAUUCUGCAAUUGGAAGGUGCAGUAGAUGAUUGCUUAGCUGAUAAAUCAUGGAUGAAUUUGACUGAUGUUCUUCCCUCGAUUUUAAAUGAUGAUGAUUUGAAAAUAUUGAUUGAUGAAUAUAAAGCUCGCAAUGAAAGCGAGGCAAACAAGUUUACUUUGUUAAAUAAUACUCUUAUUGUUUCGAAUGAAUUUGCAUCGAGCUGUUUAGAACCAUUAAGUGAUUUGAUGAGAGAAAAGGCAGAAAAAGAUUUAAAAGAUGGAGUUCUUUUCAAAAUAUUUGUUGCUGCUAAUCAAGCAUUUAAAGAUAAAGCUGCUGCUGGGGAUUCUAAAUCAGCUGCAGCUGUCAGAAAAGACGAGCGAAAGCGAAGAUCUGGUGCCACUAAAACCUUUUCCACCCAAGGACGUGAAGUUAAAACUAAAGCUGUUAAAAAGAAGUAUCGAGCUAAUCAAAAAGGUGCUGGUGAUGAAUCAGGCUCUGAAGAUGAAUCUUCAAAUGAUCCUGGAUUGUCUAUCGAUCUUACCAGUCUUAUCAAUGUUUUAAAAACAAAAAUUGAUCCAUCCGGUGAACAUGACGCUGAAACUGUUGAAACAAUCUCUGAUUUCCUUAUUGAACCUCUAAGAGCAGCAUAUUUGGAAAUCGCCCGUCAAUUAUUCAAUGAAUCAAUGAACAAGGAAACAUCUUCCAUAAAAAAGACUGUUACUGAUGUUCAAAAUACAAUUAAUAAUUUACACGGCAAUAUUUUAAUUUAUGAGAAAGGACUGAAAACUCUUGAUGAUGAAUUACGGAUAUCGCUUUCUAAAUAUCUACUGAAAUCUCUUUGUUCAGAGUUAGUUGAUAACAUUUUAUUUCUUGUUGAUCAAGAAAGACAGAGAUCAGGUCAACCAAUGGGAACAUCGAAUGAGGGUCGUCAGAAAAUUAUCAACAAAUUAGACUCCAAGCUGAGGGAAAAUUUCAAUAAAUUGGUUGCUACUUUAAAUGAUUCUACACUGGACAACUUUUUUACUGAACUGGACAAUACUUUGGAAGCUUGUGACAUUAUGAUUAAAAAGGUUGAUAAAAAAAGAGAGGCAAUAAUGAUCAGUGAACUUCGUCAAAAUUUAAUAGUCACUCUGAAUGAAACUGACUCACUUGAUUAUCCUUUAAUUUUACAUCUUUGUGUACUUUUGAUAUUUGGAUCUGCCAAACAAAUUAUGGUGCAUGCAUCUGGAAAAUUUGUCCCACAACUUUUGACUGCAUUGAAAUCAUCUUUACCAUUAGAAACUCAUCAACUUUUCCGUGAAUGUGAAGACUUAAUUGUUCGACGUUUGAAAGCGCAAAAGGACGACACCAGUGAAGAAGAAAAGGAACAAAUUGAAAACAGAUUGAAAGAUUUGCUUCCAAAAGUGAAAGAGAUUGCACUGAAUUACAAACCAUCAAAGUAAUUCACAAUCUUUACAAUUCGGAUCAUCCAUUUUCUCCAUCAUGCCAAUAUUGUCUAUAUUGGAAAAAUUGUUUUAGGUGAAAGAAAUAAUCAAAUCAAAUUACCUGAUUUUUCCAUGUUGUAUGUUAAAGUUUAUUUUAUAAAAAUUGAUUAUAUCAAGAGAAAAUAUUUCACAAGCUAAACAUAAACUAAUACGAGGACUAAAUUGUUCAUCGCAUAAAUUUAUAUGAAAACAAUAAUAUAAUAAUAUUAAAUAUAAUAAAAUUUAUAAAGAAAUCUAUUGAA